AUGCAUGAGAACCCUCACAUCACCAAGGUCGCAGUAUUGCAAAGGAAGCCCAACAAUGAAUAUGCGUUGCAAAUCCUUCAGGAUAUAACGAAGCAGGUCUCCUACCUGAUGAAAGAAGAAAAAUUCAAAGUGCAGACAUUGGUGGAGUUCUACCCGAAGGAUAAGAGGCUUCUUGGGAUGAAUGUCAAUGCCGGACAGAAGAUCAUGUUGAGGUUGCGAACCCCCGGGGAUGAGUUCCAAUUUUUGAAUAGAGAGGCCAUCCUGGGGACCAUGUUACAUGAAUUGACACAUAAUUUGUUCGGACCUCAUGAUAGAAGGUUUUAUGAGAAAUUGGACCAGUUGAGCGCGAGACAAUGGGUCAUCGAACAGCAGGGGUUGUUUGACACAUUUUUAGGGUCAGGAAGAAGAUUGGGUGGAUCAACAAGAACUCUUUCGAAUAAUAGACGAGUUAGGAGUAUCAUAGGUAGAAGUGGUAAGGGAAGAGGUAGGAAAUUAGGCACUAUAACAAACAGACCUAGCAGUACAUUUGAAGGGAAGACACCUAGAGAAAUGGCCGCCGUAGCUGCGGAACGAAGAUAUAAUGAUGAUAAAUGGUGUGGUGAGAAAAAUAACUUGGAAAAUAAGAAGAAACUAGAGCCCAACCAGGACGAUCUCCGGGAGGAAACUAUAAUAAUACUUGAUGAUGAUGAUGCUACUACAACUCCAGAAACUCAAAAAGAAAAUAAAGAUGACGAUGAUGAUAUACGACCUAUUGAGAUUAUUGAUCUAACAUAA